GAGCCGCUGCGGUACGACGACGGUGCAGCUGCUCGCGCUAGCGUCCGAGCCGAUCACUGCUGCGAAUUUGCCUACACCGCAAUCAGUCGAUGUCAUCACCGAGUCGGGUCACGAAGACCGACAGCGUCCAUUCGGCAGUUCUCUGAUCAGGCCAAAUUCCAGCACCGUAAGCGCAGCGGUAACACCCGUGCACGAAGCUUUCCGAAUAGCAGUGUGUCCAAUGUGGACGCGCAUAGCGCUAUCAGCGUCGGGUGACGCUACACAACGCUCCUCGCGGCAUGCAUGUUUAGUGUAGACCACUGCUGUUCGAUAUCGUCUCGUCACCUCCGUAACACCUACGUGAAUCAAGCUGGAACCGUCGCAAAAUCCGCCGGUUUCCGUCCACGGCACGCCCCAGCCAAGCACCAGUAGUGCUGGUCGAUCUUCUCCUGACAACAGAGAGGAAGCCAUGGCAGAAGGGGGGCCCAGUGGCGAAGGCCGGACCGGCAAUGGUGCGUUGCAUCGUGUGCUCGGUUGGUCCUCUGUAGCUCGCUCGUACAGUGCUGAGCGAGGUUCAAGAAACUUGCGGCGUGACAUUCAUCAGGUUCUCAUGGGCCUGACCCCUCUGAUCGAGCAGUCUUCUCUGAACAUCCAGCCGUCACAACUUUGGCGACAGGCGCAGCAACACUACGAGCAUCCACGCACACCCAGUUCUCAGAGCAUGGCUUCGUCUUCUUCAUCGGCCCAAAUGAAUGCAGGUGCAGGAUCAUCAUUUGUGAUCAACAUGGAGCAAGAUGCCUCGCCAACACCUCCAUUGCCUAACACCCGCAGCUCAUCCGACGUGGCCACUGGAAUGGCACCUGGAACACCGCCGUCCAGCCCACCCCGGGCUGACACUGGCACUGGUACAGAUGACGGGGUGGCCGCCACACCCGAGGUUCGGGCCUUCCUCACGCUCAUGGACAAGUACGUCACCUUUGUGCUGAUUCUGCUCCUCAAGCUGGCGUUUGAUCAUCGUGUGGGUGUUCUAGCAAUCCUUGGACUCUUCAUCACAUUUUGCCAUGCCAACUCUGUAAUCAAGCGCGAGGUCGGCAAACAGGCGAAGCGCCAGUUUAGCAGCCUGCUCAUUGUGGUCACCAACCUGUGCACCUGCGUCUGCUUCGUCUACUUCCUACUUGCUGACAAAGGCCUAGCCUAUGCGCUCAUCCUGGUUCCCCCGUACAGCCAGCCCAUUGGUGGACUGGAAGUGGUGUGGAUCGUGGUGGUCACCGACUUUGUGCUCAAGCUGAUCACCAUUUUCGUGAAGGCGGUGAUCGUGGCUCUUCCCGCCUGCCUUUCUUCUUUCCCGAGACGAGGCCGCUACUACCUGUUUGUAGAAUGCUGCUCCCAGCUGUACCGAUCAGUGAUGCCUAUGCAGCACUGGCUGUAUUACUUCUCGGAGUCGUACACUGGUGCGGGCAAGUUGUUCAGCAUGGUCCUCUCUGGUGCAUACCUCCUCUGCAAGUGUGCAGAUGUUGUCUCCAAGACCAGAGCUUGGAAAAGAGGUCUCAUUCAAGCUCUGUCAAAUGUGAAUUAUGGCCGUCCGCCUACAUCAGAGCAAACUAAAGCAGUUGGUGACACGUGCCCAAUCUGCCAGGAUGACUUCAAGCGGCCAACAAUGCUGAUGUGCAAUCACAUUUUCUGCGAAGAGUGCGUGUCAGUGUGGUUCGACCGAGAACGGACGUGUCCUAUGUGCCGAGCGCAGAUUGCAGACGACCCGACAUGGCGCGAUGGCUCAACCACAUUCCUUAUUCAAGUGUUCUGAACUGGGACCAGGCACCUUAGUAGUAAAUGAAGGAAAAAAAAGAAAGACUGAAGAAAAGAUGCAAAAUGACUGUAGGAACUCCCCCACCUUGUGUGCAAUCAACACCUUCAAUGUGGUUGCAUAUUUUUCUGUGCUGUAUCCCUUUGCCAAGCCUCACUUCAGUGACUGAGCAAGAAGGAAAAAAAAACAAAUUUUUGGUGUUUUGUCAUCAAGAGGCCUCCCCCCUCGUUUGACUGUUGCUUGUGUGUGUGCAUGGUGAUACACAUACAUGCUGUGCGAUGCUAAUGGUGACAGGGCACAUGUGGAAUCUAAUCAAUAAAGAAUUUAUGGCCACUGUU